UGGAAGUGUGUGCACUCCCGUGCCUCGGAAAGCAGCAAGGCAGUCAUGAAUUUGAUAGAUGAAUAUCUGGAAUGCGAUGGCCGUGUUGAUCCCAAUUCGCGUUUUGCCGAAAAUCUUAAAAUGAAGCUCAGGAUCGUAAAGAGGAGAGCCAUUCUGACAUGGAGCGCUCUAGCGCUUAAUGGAGUCGUUUACAUCACAUGUCCUUUUUUAAAGCCUGGGCGUCAUUUGACUGAAGAUUUAUACGUUACUUAUGGGCUGGAGCCAAUGUUUGAAUCUCCUAAUUUCGAAAUAGCAACAGUCCUGAUGACGCUCGCCGUUAUAUUCGGUGUUUUGACUCUUGCGAACUACAGACUUUUCAUAUGUGUGACUAUUGGCUACAUUGAAGCCCAAAUGUUAGCUUUGAGUGAGGAUUUAAUUAAACUAUGGGAUGACAGCGAAGCAUUCUACGAAGAAUUCAGUGAGAAAGAGCUAGAUAUUAUCAAAACUGUAACGCCAUAUGAAAUAAAAAAUGUAUACAUUAAACAUCGUCUGAGGGAGAUUAUCAAAUUCCAUAUAGUCGGCAUCACUCUUCAACACAUCGUCGAGAAUAAAUUUCGUUUCAUAUAUGUGAUAGAAUUCCUCUUCGUGAUGAUUGGCAUUGUAACUGAACUGCUCGGUGGCUUAGAGAACACUUACUUUGAACUACCGUACAGCUUGAACCAAGUAUUUAUGGACUGUUUGAUUGGACAGAGACUGAUAGAUGCGAGUAACGUGUUCGAGAAGGCAGUGUAUAGUUGCCAAUGGGAAAAUUACGAUGCCGCUAAUCAAAGAUCUGUUCUUUUGAUCCUGCAGAAUUCGCAGAAGACUUUGAUGCUGUCAGCCGGUGGUUUGUCGGCGCUGAGUUUUGUGUGUUUGAUGUCUGUUAUCAGAUGCACUUAUUCCGCUUACACAGCACUUCAUUCUACUGUAAAGUGA